CAAAAUUCACCUGUCCUGGACACACCUGAACUUCCACUACAGGAGUUUCACUUCAGAAAACUGGGAAAACAAUCGUGAAAAUUCAACAUCCUGCGCUGAUAUCUGGGCCCAGGGGCAAUGGAUAAAGGCUCUCUUGGACCAUCAGCAGAGCCCCAAACCCCUGAAUGGGUAUCAGAUGGAGCCAAGGAAAGAAAAGACAUGAACACCACUGAGCGGUUGGAUGAGGACAUGAUCAGGUCUGCACAUAUGGAACCCAGUACCCUACAGUGGCCUGAGAAUAAACCUGAACCACAGAUUCUGGCAGGCAAUGAUGGAGAGAGCACAAGCAUAAGAUCUGAUUGCAUCUCACUCCGAUGUGGAUUGAGCCGGACGGAGAGUGAGAGGGAGGAGCUUGGAAUGAAUGAGAAAAGAAAGAUGGGUGAAGGAUGGAUGGAGACAGGGAAAGGGAGGCUUUCGGAGAUUGAGGUGGAGGAGUUGAAUGUUAUGCCAGAGAAGGCUGCCAGAGUUUUUAGUCCCAGCAUCACCAUUCUGCGCUCCACCAGUCAGCCAGAGUUUCCUCGGGAGACUGGAGAUGACUGGAGAGAUGGCGAAGAAGAGAAAAGCCCCUUUCUGGGGUCACAUGAGACACAUGGAACACCGCUUGAAGACUAUGACCAUGACUGGCCCAUUGAAAGCAAAUCGAGCUGCUGUUGCUGUGGUGAAACUAAUCGUGAUGCCCUUAAACUGGGUGCAUCCAUGUUCACUUCUGCCUUGAUCUUCCCCCUGUUGGUGUGGGGUGGAUAUAUCUUCCUGCCUUUUGAUGCCCCUUUGCUUGAUAGCACCCCCUUAAGGCUGGUCUACACAUUGCGCUGUUCUGUUUUUGCAGUUAUACCCAUUGUGCUCGGUAUGUUGGUACUGGGCAUAUCCCGUCUGAGGUAUCGUUCACUGAGGCCGCGAUUUGAGGGGGAGAGGGAGGUUAAGCAGGUAGCCGUCCACCAGCGCUAUGUGGAGGAUUCCAUCUCUCUCUUUCUCCUUUUCUUCCUUCAGCUGGCUGUGAUGUCUGCUUACCUGAGUCAGGAUUGGCUUAAACUAGUUCCUCUUCUCACCAUCGUCUUCGCCCUUGGCAGACUGUUGUACUGGAUCGCAGCAGCAUGUGACAGCAGUGUGAGAGGUGUUGGCUUUGGAUUCUCAUUUCUGCCGAUGCUGGCCAUGCUGGUGGCCAACAUCUACUUCCUCUUCAUCUCCGAUUCUGCAGGUUCUAUCUUCGCCCCGGACAUCCCAGAUUCAGAAACACCUGUUCCUUCAGUCAAGCAGAGGUUCUGGGGCUAGAUAGGCCACAUCUGAGGCUUCUUCAACUGCCAAAUGUAGAUCAGAUCUCUUUAGGGUCUGAGCAGUCUUAAAUUUGCAUUGGACUGUGAGACUUUUGUCCAAUUAGGUUUAAUCCAACUGUGAUUUAAUUUUCUCUCCUCCUAUUUUCCUUUUUGAGUAUUUCUGUGUCUUGACCAGAGGUUAAAACUGUCAGAACUCCGGACAAACUGCCAAGGAGAAGAGAAGAAUCGAGAGAUGGGGGUUAAAUAAAGGGCAGGGAGGGGAAACCUCUUUUUCAGAACAAACUUGUGAACUAAAGUUGUGUUAUGAAACAUUAAACAUUGUAAAUUAACUACAUUAAAUGUACCCUGUAGUGAAGCCAAACUUGAACACAAAGCAGAUGCAGUAAAAGCUUCUAAAUCACUCAAAAGAGCAAUUUCAACUAUUUAAAGAUGUACUUAGAAUGUCAUCAACAAGAUAGCAGAAUUCCAAGUAUUUAUAUAUUAAUUUGGUUAUGAUGCAUUGUUUGCUAAUUCAAGACUUCUAAACUAUUGUGUGAUUUGUAAAGCUUGUGGCCUGUCUGAGCUUUUUCAAGGCCACUCCUUCAUGGCUUGUACUUUAAGGCAAUGUGCUGUUUACAGUGUGCAAAAUGUAGAAUUUAGAACUUUUAAUAGAUUUGUAAAAGGUAUACAAAUGUAUAACUAUCUCCAAGAGGAGCUUGUAAACUAAAAUAUUUAUUAAAUAUGCGAAUCUAAGAGAUAAUAGAAAUCUGUUUGGGGCACUUGAAUAUAAAGCUGGAAUCAAUUCCUGUUAUGUUAAAUUGUCAUAAACAUAUUUUUAAU